AGCGGUGCACCAGUGAUGUAAGUGGAUCUGCGAGGGUCACACAUGAGUUUUGGGAUAAAGUCCAGCCUGCAAAUCUGAAUCGCCUCCAGACAAUCGGAAACAUUUUAAAUGAUGUUGCGGACAUUGUGCCGGACAGGCGGGGCUCUUCUGCAGCGAGCCCAGAAGACCACACCCAAAUUUUGGACAACUCCAGCACAGCAGCGAUGGAUGUCCAGCCUUCCCAUGAACACUGUGGUCCUGUUUGUGCCCCAGCAGGAAGCCUGGGUGGUGGAGAGGAUGGGCCGCUUUCACCGGAUCUUAGAGCCGGGACUAAACUUCCUCAUCCCCAUCCUUGACCGGAUUCGCUACGUGCAAAGUCUCAAAGAGAUUGUUAUUGAUGUCCCAGAGCAGUCGGCAGUAUCUCUAGAUAAUGUGACACUACAGAUUGAUGGAGUCCUUUAUCUGAGGAUUUUAGAUCCUUUCAAGGCCAGUUAUGGUGUAGAGGAGCCGGAAUAUGCCGUCACACAGCUAGCACAGACCACCAUGCGCUCAGAGCUGGGCAAACUCACUCUAGACAAAGUAUUUAGGGAAAGGGAGUCCCUUAAUUUCAACAUAGUCCAGUCCAUCAACCAAGCUUCAGACGAGUGGGGAAUCCGUUGCCUCCGUUACGAAAUCAAAGAUAUCCACAUUCCACCUCGCAUCAAAGAAUCAAUGCAGAUGCAGGUGGAGGCCGAGCGUAAGAAGAGAGCGACAGUGCUGGAGUCUGAAGGGACGAGGGAAUCCGCCAUUAAUGUCGCCGAGGGCCGUAAGCAAGCGCAGAUCCUGGCCUCUGAGGCGGAGAGGGCAGAGCAGAUCAACAGAGCAGCUGGUGAAGCCCAAAGUAUCUUGGCCAAAGCAGAAGCAAAAGCCAAGGCAGUCACUAUCCUGUCAGACGCUCUGGCCGAACAGAACGGGAAUGCGGCAGCCUCCCUCAGUGUGGCUGAACAGUACGUCUCCGCUUUCUCCAAACUCGCCAAGGAGACCAACACCGUCCUUCUGCCGUCCAGGGCUGGCGACAUCAGUGGAAUGGUCACUCAGGCCAUGACUAUUUACAGCACAUUGGCCAAGCAGAGCCCCAAGGUAGAGAGUGGUACAUCCGAGGCGGAGGAGGAGAGGAAGAGAGCAGAGCCGGCGAGCCCGUCGGCAUGGCCUCAGUAGCAGACGACUUCAAACAGGACUCAGACGGCGGGAAAUGAAGCAGAAGAGGCAGGUUUUCACAGCUGCGCGGCUCCAAGGCUUCACUGUGGGAGCCUUUUUGCUCUCUGGAUGCAAAGGACACAUGCCGUCGCCUACACAGACAGAAGGAGAGGAGACGAAAAUAACUGCAGACCUUUCAGAUGUCUAGGAGAAUCUCAUCAGUGUGGGAGGAUUCAUCAUCUUCCUCGUCACUGUUUAUGAUGGGUAGAUGUGGGGCUUUUAUUUAUUUGCCGUCCAAAUGCCGGUGAAUGUUGUUCGUGGUGCGGUAAGGUUGUGUACUGGAGAGAAUGACACCAAGUCGCACAGCAAAAACAAAUGUCUUGUACUUGAUUGAUGCAUCGUAGUUGCAUCACAUAUAGUUAGAUAAGUAUGUGUUACCAGAUGUGCAUAAACCUGUUCAAACUUGAUCUGUAGCUUCAGAAUACAGCCUCUGCACUUGAAAGGGGAUAAAUUGGAAGUGAAAUGUACCACUGCAAUGAAUGUUUUCUCUUAUUGCAGCCUAUUUUUUCCAGAGCUGGCCCAAGUUCUCUGGUUUUGUAGGUUUCAGUACCGUUGAUCAGUAAUUUAUGUUUUUGUUUUUGUUUUUGUUUUUUUUAAUGGCUAUUUUAAUGGCUACAAUAAAAUAAAUAAAUAAAUAAAUAAAUACCUUUAAAAAUUUUUAUUGCAUCUAGGCAAUGAGACAUUUUAUUUAUAACCAUAAGCCAAUCAAUGAGGUGUCUGACCAUCUGAUUGGGUCUGGUCCCAUAUUAUCCAAUGUUUUUUGAUACAGAGAAUAAGUAACUUGUAUUUGUGAAACUUUGCCAGCUAAAGUCUUUGGAGCAAGACACUUUUUGAUGUAAAAACCAUCCAGAGUUUAAACUUUCAUUUAUUUUUUUUUUUUCAACCCAGCCACAGACGGCAAUUCAGUUUCACUGAUGUAUUUUAAAGUGUUUAUGUAUGAAGGAAACUAAGAAAAAGAUUCCCACACUAAUUUAUAAAGCAAACUGGAUGUUAA